GGAUGAGGGAGCUGGAGGGACGCUCGGAUCGCGGCCGGGAGGCUCCUAGGGGCCGGGGCUCCGAGUAGAAAAAGAAGAAGAAGGAAACAUGUCAGGACACAAAUGCAGUUAUCCCUGGGACUUACAAGAUCGAUAUGCUCAAGAUAAAUCAGUUGUAAAUAAGAUGCAGCAGAAGUAUUGGGAAACGAAGCAGGCCUUUAUUAAAGCCACAGGGAAGAAGGAAGAUGAACACGUCGUUGCCUCCGACGCAGACCUGGAUGCCAAGCUGGAGCUGUUUCACUCGAUUCAGAGAACCUGUCUGGACUUGUCUAAAGCAAUUGUACUCUAUCAAAAGAGAAUCUGUUUCUUGUCUCAAGAAGAAAACGAACUGGGAAAAUUUCUCCGAUCCCAAGGCUUCCAAGAUAAAACCAGAGCAGGAAAAAUGAUGCAAGCAACAGGAAAGGCCCUCUGCUUUUCUUCCCAGCAAAGGUUGGCCUUGCGAAAUCCUUUGUGUCGCUUUCACCAAGAAGUGGAGACUUUUCGGCAUCGGGCCAUCUCGGACACUUGGCUGACUGUGAACCGCAUGGAGCAGUGCCGGACUGAAUACAGAGGGGCGUUAUUAUGGAUGAAGGACGUGUCCCAGGAGCUUGAUCCAGACCUCUACAAGCAAAUGGAGAAGUUCAGGAAGGUGCAAACACAAGUUCGCCUUGCCAAAAAAAGCUUUGACAAAUUGAAGAUGGAUGUGUGUCAAAAAGUGGAUCUUCUGGGAGCGAGCAGAUGCAAUCUCUUGUCUCACAUGCUAGCGACAUACCAGACCACUCUGCUGCAUUUUUGGGAGAAAACUUCUCACACUAUGGCAGCCAUCCAUGAGAGCUUCAAAGGUUAUCAGCCAUAUGAAUUCACUACGUUAAAGAGCUUACAAGACCCUAUGAAAAAGCUGGUUGAGAAAGAAGAAAGGAAGAGGAUUGCCCAGCAGGAAAGUGCAGAGGCCUCAGUGGAGGAACCAAGUCAGUUAAUUUCAUUAGAGGAUGAAAACCAGCACAAGGAAUCCUCUAGUUUUAAGAAUGAACUAUUAGACAUGAAACUCGAGGAAGGUGCUUGCCUGGGCCCAAUGGCAGGGACCCUGGAACCUGAAGGUGCUGACAAAGAUGACCUGCUGCUGUUGAGUGAAAUCUUCAACGCUUCUUCCCUGGAAGAGGGCGAGUUCAGCAAAGAGUGGGCUGCUGUGUUUGGAGACGGUCAGGUGAAGGAGCCAGCACCCACUGCGGCCCCAGGAGAGCCAGACCCCAAGCCCCAGACAGGCUCAGGAUUCCUUCCUUCACAGCUUCUAGAUCAAAAUAUGAAAGACUUACAGGCCUCACUGGAAGGCUGGUCAGAGAGCAAUGUCAAUCCUACUUCUCCUCCACGGCCAGCACCAAAGGCAAGCAGUCCAAAUGGCAGUAGCCCUGCAGUGAAAGAGCCUGCCAAGCCCUCCUCGGACCUGACUGCCUGGUUCAGCCUUUUCGCCGAUCUCGACCCAUUAUCAAAUCCUGAUGCUGUUGGGAAAACCGACAAAGAACAUGAAUUGCUGAAUGCAUGAGUCUGCAGCCUCCAGGAAGGAGCCCACAGGCGGCUCCAAAUCAGCACACCCGGGGGCUUGCAGAUGUAGGAAGUGAUCAGUAUGCUGUUUUAAUAUUUACAUGCCAUUUUAAUAAAAUGAA